AGAGGCGAUUUUGAACAGCAGCCGCAGCGCGCGAGCCGGUUUUGACAGGAGCUGCUGUUUUGGGCGCGUGGCGCCGGUCCACGGCCACUCGCGUGGCACCGCGAUCCGUUCGGGCAGGAGAGCUCGGAGCCGGGGAGAGUCCCGGUAGUAGUAGCAGCAGCUGGUGGUGGUGGUGUGCAUGAUGCUGUCAACCAUGAGGGCGUGGAGCGGAGCCGGUGUGCAAUGGAGGGCGGCCUGGGCUGUCAGAGCUCCCCACGCCAGAUUCUCUGCAGCUGCCCCUGGCGGUGGCGGCAGUGGUGGUGACGGCGGUGGUGGCAUCGGGGCCGGCGCGCCGUCUCCUUCGCGCGCCGCUGCCGCACUGGGGGGCCGGCAGCGUGGGCGCUCGGUGCCCCUGGUGCGGCGUGCCGAGUUGACGCGGGCGCGGCGCGUCGUUGUGAAGCUGGGCAGCGCCGUAGUGACGCGCGGGGAUGAGUGCGGCCUCGCCCUUGGCAGGCUCGCCUCCAUCGUGGAGCAGGUGGCGGAGCUGCAGAACCAGGGCUGUGAAAUGUUGAUCGUGACGAGCGGCGCCGUCGCCUUCGGCAAGCAGCGCCUGCGCCACGAGAUCCUCCUGUCGCAGAGCGUGCGCCAAGCGCUGCACUCCAGCCACAACCAGCUCAAGGACAUGGCGGUGCCCGUGCUGGAGGCGCGUGCGUGCGCCGCUGCGGGGCAGAGCGGCCUCAUGGCGCUCUACGAGGCGAUGUUCACCCAGUACAGCAUCUGCUCCGCACAGAUCCUGGUGACGAACCUGGACUUCCACGACCAGCAGAAGCGCCUUAACCUGCGUGGCACGCUAGACGAGCUGCUGGCCAUGAACAUCGUCCCCAUCAUCAAUGCCAACGACGCCGUGGCCCCUCCACCCGAGCCCAGCGGGGACCUCGCCGGGGUGCGGAGACACGGCCUCCCCGCCACCGCCACGGCAACAACAACAACAACCGCAGCACAACCGCAUGGCGUGAUCAGCGUGCAGGAUAACGACAGUCUGGCGGCGAGGAUCGCCGUGGAGAUGGAGGCUGAUCUCCUCAUCGUCCUUUCCGACGUCGAGGGGCUGUUUGACAGCCCUCCUGACUCUGAGGACGCCAAGCUGCUGGAUGAGUUCUACCCGGACGAGGCGGCCGCCAUCACCUUCGGGGGGAAGUCUCGCGUCGGUGUCGGGGGCAUGGAGGCCAAGGUGAAGGCUGCGCUGUGGGCCUUGCGGGGCGGCACCGCCGUGGUGAUUGCCAAUGGCACCAACCCCAAGGUGACUGGGCACGUCAUCACCGACAUCCUUGCCGGCAAGCGCGUCGGCACCUUCUUCACCGAGGUCAAGCCCGAGGGGAUGAGUGUGGAGACUCAGGCAAAGCUGGCGCGAGCAGCAGGCAGGGAGCUGUCCACACUGCAACCUGAGCAGCGGGCGGAGAUCGUGAUACGUCUGGCCGAGCUGCUGACCGAGAGGGGAGACGAGAUCCUGGCAGCCAACCGAGUCGACCUGGAGGCGGCGGCCUCCACCGGCUUGGCCGAGCCCCUGCUGAAGAGGCUUUCUCUCUCCACUGCUAAGCUGAACAGCCUGGCUAUCGGGCUGCGUCAAAUCGCGGUGGCGUCCACGACAGCGUUGGGGCGCGCGCUGCGCCGCACGCUGCUCGCCCCGGGCCUGGAGCUGGAGCAGGUGACGGUUCCCAUUGGCCUCCUCCUCGUCAUCUUCGAGUCACGCCCCGACUGCCUGCCUCAGGUGACGGCGCUGGCGGUUGCCACGGGUAACGGGCUGCUCCUGAAGGGUGGGCGUGAGGCGACGCGCUCCAACCAGGUGCUGCACGCGCUCGCCCAGGAGGCGCUGGCGCUGCACGGCGCGUCCGCAGCGGUGCAGCUGGUGUCAUCCCGCGAGGAGGUGAGCGAUCUCUGCCGGAUGGACAAACUCGUCGACCUCAUCAUCCCUCGGGGCUCCUCGUCUCUGGUGAGCUCUAUCACGCGGGCUGCGCGUGGCAUCCCCGUGCUGGGGCACAGCGAGGGCGUGUGCCACGUGUACAUAGACAAGGACGCGGACACGGACACUGCGCUCAAGAUAGUGCGCGACUCUAAGUGCGAGUACCCGGCCGCGUGUAACGCGAUGGAGACGCUGCUCAUCCACCGCGAGCUCCUCCGCACGCCGCUCUUCGACCAGCUCAUAGAUGCGCUCCGAGCGGAGGGGGUGGUGAUCCACGCGGGACCGCGGUUUGGCUCCAUGCUGGCGUUUGGCCCUGCGGAGGCGGCGUCUCUGCGCCGUGAGUACGGGGAACUGGCCUGCUGCCUGGAGCUCGUGGAGGGGCCGGCCGGCGCUGUGGAGCACAUCCACCACUAUGGCAGCGGCCACACCGAUACCAUCGUCACGGCCAACGAGGAGACGGCCGAGUACUUCUUGCGUCAUGUGGACAGUGCGUGCGUGUUCUGGAACACGAGCACCAGAUUCUCGGAUGGAUACCGAUUCGGCCUGGGAGCGGAGGUGGGCAUCAGCACCUCGCGUGUCCACGCCCGCGGCCCCGUGGGCAUGGAUGGCCUCCUCACCACCAAGUGGCUCCUCCGGGGCUCGGGCCACACGGCGGCGGCCUUCAACAACAAUGGCGCCAGCUUCCUGCACGAGGACCUGCUGCCCACGGCGUGCCACCCGGCGCGCCACACCACCCACAGAGUCCACCCACACUCGUAGAGAUGGUGCCACCCACAGAGAUGGCGCUACCCACAGAGAUAGUGCCACCCAUAGAGAUAGCGCCACCCAUAGAGAGAGCACCACCCAUAGAGAUAGCGCCACCCACAGAGUCCACCCACACUCAGAGAUCACACACCGUUUAUAGAGGUCCCACACUUACCACUCACCACGUGCCACCACACACCCCACCCAGCCUGGCGCUCACCUGGGUGUGGUCUGCGCAAAACUGAGUGUGCCACGUGUCUGUGGCACACACCUCAAGGUCACUCGGCGGAGUGUCACAUCUCAGUGUGUGACACACCUGAGCACGUCACAAUUGUCCGUGUCACACGCCCAAGUGUGUCACUGGUGGUGUAUCACACGGCGGAGAAGCUGGGAAUUUGUUGUAAGGCACUAACGCUGCAACGUUUGACUCCCAUCUCCGUUCCGAACGAGAGAGAACAGAGGGGCUCACUGCAGAAUGAAGGAGGGAAUGAUUGCAGGCCCGGGUUUCCUUCGCUCGAGAGUUGCGUGAUGGUGACCAGGUCCGCCUGUGUGUGAGGACAGAUCUCUGUUACGAUGACGCAAGCUGCAUUUUUGCUGAAUAAAGGAGUUGUGUUUCUCAGGUCUGCCUUGCUGGGGUGAUUGUGUGUGGUAGUGGUUUGCCUGUGUGUGUAUAUAUGUGGUGUCUGGGCUGUGUGUGUAGCUAAUCUACACACUGACCAUCAGCUUAUCAUCUGUAAGAUGCACCAUCUGUAAGCCCACAGUGGCCAGGUCUCAGCUCAUUGAUUAAAUUGUCAAGCGAGAAUUUCAUCAUGGCUUGCAGCUGGAGUUUGCAUCAUCCUCCCACCCCCCCCUGAUGCCGAGGGGAAAUGGGCGAGGUUUUACUACGGUGGCUCUUUCAGCUGCAAUCGUUGCUUUGAUUAUGCUGUCCAAACCUGCCCAGAGAGACCCUGGCUGGUUGAGAAAGUGUUCCGGCUGGCUGAGCUAUAGGCCCACUUCCACCAUCUGCAGCAUUCCAUGUUGGAGAAUGAGGCUUAUCAGAGAGUCGUGUGGUGCUACAAGUGUAAUAAAGGACUCUCUCUCGGA